CAUCCGUCUGUCGUGUGGUCAGGUUCUUUAUCGCCUCAUUUGCGGAUUAUCAGCAGUGUUUCAGUGCCCCAGAAGCGCCCCAAGAUGCCCAACUAUCACAAGCCCGAGUCGAAGACUGUGCAGGAGUUGAAGGACAUCGCACACCGCCUGCGAAUUCACUCCAUCACGUCCACGCAAGUGACCAAAUCAGGGCACCCGACGUCAUGUGCGUCGAUCGCCGAGAUCAUGUCUGUGCUCUUCUUCCACACGAUGCGCUACAAGGUGAACGUGCCACGCGACGCGUCCAGUGAUCGCUUCAUCCUGUCCAAGGGACACGCCGCGCCCAUUCUGUACGCCGCCUGGGCGGAGGCGGGCCUGUUCCCGGUGGCGGAGCUGCAGAAUCUGCGCAAGGUGGACUCGGACCUCGAGGGCCAUCCCACGCCCAGACUCAGCUUCGUGGACGUGGGCUCGGGAUCGCUGGGCCAGGGCGUGGCCGUGGGAUGCGGCAUGGCGUACGUGGGCAAGAACUUCGACAAGGCGGCGUACAGGACGUACGUGCUGGUGGGCGACGGAGAGUCCGCCGAGGGCUCGAUCUGGGAGAGUCUCCACUUCGCCGGACACUACAAGCUCAACAAUCUGUGCGUGAUCUUCGACGUGAAUCGCCUGGGACAGUCCGAUCCCACGCCACUUCAGCACCAGAUGGAGAUCUACCGCAAGCGCCUCGAGUCCUUCGGCUUCAACGCACUCGUGGUGGAUGGACAUGAUAUUGAGGAGUUGUGCAAGGCAUUCUUCGAGGCCGCCAACACCACUGAUCGUCCCACGGCCGUGAUCGCCAAGACGUUCAAGGGCAAGUUCUUCCCUGACAUUGAGGAUCUGGAGAACUGGCACGGGAAGCCUCUGGGCGAUCAGGCUGAUCGCGUGAUUAAGCAUCUGGCGGGAUUGAUCAGCAAUGCCGGGCCGCUGCAAAUCGCCCCGCAGAAGCCCCUCCUCGAUGACGCUCCGGUUGUGGAUAUUUCCAACAUUCAGCUUGCGUCGCCGCCUAAUUACAAACUGGGCGAAACCGUGGCCACACGAUUGGCCUAUGGCACCGCCUUGGCCAAGAUUGCCGUCAACAAUGCCCGCGUGAUCGCCCUGGACGGCGACACGAAGAACUCCACGUUCUCGGAGAAGCUGAAGAAGGCCUUCCCGGAGCGCUACAUUGAGUGCUUCAUCGCCGAGCAGAAUCUCGUGGGGGUGGCGACCGGAGCGGCCUGUCGCGACCGCACAGUGGCCUUCGUGUCCACCUUCGCCACUUUCUUCACGCGUGCCUUCGAUCAGAUCCGCAUGGGCGCGAUCUCACAGACCAACGUGAACUUCGUGGGCUCGCACUGCGGCGUGAGCAUUGGCGAAGAUGGGCCCAGCCAGAUGGGUCUGGAGGACAUCGCCCUAUUCCGAUCAGUGCACGGCAGCACUGUCUUCUAUCCCUCGGAUGCCGUGAGCUGCGAGCGUGCCGUGGAGCUGGCCGCCAACACGAAGGGCAUCUGCUUCAUUCGCACCUCGCGGCCCAACACGGCCGUGAUCUAUCGCAACGACGAGGUGUUCCAGGUCGGCAAGGCGAAGGUCGUGAGGAAGUCGCAACAGGAUCAGGUGCUGAUCGUGGGCGCUGGCAUCACGCUUUACGAGGCCAUCAAUGCGGCCAAUGAGCUCGAGAAGACAGGCGUGCACGUGCGCAUCCUCGAUCCGUUCACCGUGAAGCCACUUGACAAGGAGGCGCUCAUUGCCAAUGCCCAGCAGUGCGGCGGGCGCGUGAUCACCGUAGAGGAUCACUACAAAGAGGGUGGCCUGGGCGAGGCGGUGAUGUCGGCGCUGUCCACGCAGCGCAAUGUGGUGGUGAAACAGCUCGCGGUGACGAAGUUGCCGAGAUCAGGACCUCCGACUGUCCUCAUUGAUCUCUUUGGCAUCUCUGCUCGCCACAUCGUGGCGGCCGUGUCGGAGGUUCUCAAGCUGUAAGCGCGGGACUUGGUGGCGGGCUCCACUGGAGCAUAUCUCACAACACUUCUCUGGGCUGGUGGUGUCAAUGACCCUCUUUUGUAAUUGCUUUGGCUUUCUGUCUCAGUUUCAAUAAAGAAAAAAUCACUCCUUAUUACA